AUGAUGGAUUGUUCAGAGGAGGCUCAGUCAGUGUCCGAGGAGCCCAGCACUCAAAUGGAGCUUAAAAAAGGAAUGUCAGUGUUCAUUGAUAUUUUGCGGAGGGCUGAUAAAAACGAUGAUGGGAAGCUUUCCUUUGAUGAAUUCAGAUCCUACUUCUCUGAUGGAGUCCUGACAGCUGAGGAGUUGAAGGAGCUCUUCCACACAAUCGACACCCAUAACACAGACAAUUUGGACACGGAUGAACUUUGUGAGUACUUCUCCCAGCACCUCGGAGAAUAUGAGAAUGUCCUUGCUGCCUUAGAAGACCUGAAUAUGUCCAUACUGAAGGCCAUGGACAAAACAAAGAAGGAUUAUCAGGAGUCCACCCACCUGGAGCAGUUUGUGACCCGCUUCCUGCUGAAGGAGACGACCAAUCAGCUUCAUUCACUCCAAAGCUCGCUUGAGUGCGCCAUGGAAACCACAGCUGAGCAGACUCGCCAAGAGAAACAGGGCCCUCUGAAGCCGGAGGGUUUGUCCAUCCAGUGGUCGGGCCGUCGCUCUAAUCGGAGGCUUCAGAGGAACAGCAGCCUCUCUCCCAACAACCCUCUCCUCAGUCUCGUCAACUCAGGUGUUUAUGACGAAGACAGCCAGUGGAUGAUCCAGGUCAACAGACUCCAGAAGCUUAUCGACCGCCUAGAACAAAAGGAGGUCCGUCUGGAGCCUGUUGAAGAAGAGGUCUUGGAGAGCAAAUCGCACAUCCUCAUAGUCCAGAGGCAGCUCUCGGUGCUGGAGGAGGAGCUGGAGGAGUUUCGUUUGGCUCUCAGACAGUACAUGGAGUGUGCCUGCGCCCAGACUGGAUGUCUACACAUCGCAGUUCAGCGGCUGGCAAAUGAAUCACGCUUCAUUCUCUAUGAAUUCUGGGAGCACAACAACGUGUGGAAGAAUCACCUACAGACCAACUACAGUAAAACCUUCCAGAGGGGGAACGUGGACUUCCUGGAGACCCCUGAGAUCAUCACCACCAUGCUGGUUCCUGCCUCGUGGUGGGUCCUCAACAACAACUGAAAGUAGACCGGCACCCUUCAUCGAUCGCCACCGGUGGGUGCAAAGAGCAGGCGCUUGUCAACACAUCAGGACGUCCACAGCAGCAGCAGCAGCAGCACUCA